AUGGAGACGACAAACGACGGCCUCUCACCUGUCGAGAAGCUCCAAAGGUCCGGCGUACAAGCAGGCCAGACGGUGGUUUCGGGCGCGAGGCCGGAACAGUUUGCCGACAUGAUUGACUUUCUUGCUCGUCAACUGGCAGGAGACGAGCACCGGGGACUCACCACCACGGCCUACAUCUACGACGACGUGACGAGACGGCGCUACAUGUUGCGCGUGACGCCACUCGCGGCCCCCCCGCCGCCCGGAAGUAAUAUCGGGGACAUUAGUGCGCGCGAUUACAUGGACAUUGUCAUCACAUUCGAUACCUUGGACACGUUGAGUCGGCAGGUAAGCGACGUUAUUUUUGUCGAGGGGCUCCGAGAGCGCUUCCUGGUCGAGGUCGUGAGAGUGGCAUAUACACAGGCGUAG